AUGAGAGCAGUCCUCCCAGGUAGGCCGAGGUCUGGGCUCCAAGCUCUCGCGACGGGCUUUUGGGACUCGAGGCACUUCAAUGUCUACAUAACCGGCAGCGCGAUUACGAUCCUCGGCGAUGCCGACACCAUUAUUCAGACAAUAUACGACGACGAUCCGAGCCACUUGCAGGCCGCAGCCUUCGACGAAUCCUCGGGCAAGAUUACGACUUGCACCGAAUCCGUCAUUAGAGUCUACAAACCUUUUGGGCAGUCCGAAAAUGCGCUAAAAUGGGGUCUACAAUCAUCGUGGCCAGUUCCUGACCGCCAACAUGCUACCAAGGGGAUCUCUCUAAGCUGGGGUGGCAACGAGGAGCUCCUGGUUGCCCACUCCGCCUUAUACUUAUACUCAACCGCCGACGAGCCGGAACAGUUAUGGAACAAACAGCUUCCAAAUUCUGUGAAACUAGCAGAGAUAUCCUACGAUUCAGCAUACAUAGCGUGCGUAGGCGCGCAUGACUGUCUCGUCAAAGUUUGGCGCCGCUUGACAUAUGGUGCUGAAGAUGUGCGCUUCGACCUGGCCUACCUACGCCACCCAGACCUGGUAGCGAGCCUGCGUUGGCGAAAACCGCUGCAUACCGAUCAAACUGUUGAGAACGUUCUCUUUACAACAUGCGCCGACAAUCUUGUCCGAGUAUGGACUGGCACUGAUACGCAUGCCUUUCGACACAUGAACCUUUGGGGGUCCGUCGAUUUAGCUUCGUCCUUCCGAGACCUUGGACUUGGCUCCACCCGCCCUACAGCGCCGCUGGUCACCUUUGUCAUUGAUGGAAGAGAGGUGUCUGCUGCUACAGAGCUCGCCGUUCAGCGGUGUUCCGUGAAGGAUAAACCACGCGAUGCUGCUCUCGAACGCCUCAUUUCCCUAGCCAACAACAGCGCCGAGCUAUGUGUUGCCUCUGACGCCAUUGGAAACAUGAUGAUAUUUGCUUUUGAGGACGUGGGUUCCAAGACGAGAAAGUCCCAGGAUGCCAUCAGAGUGACAAGCUUCAAGUCACACACUCUUGAUUUCAGGUCUGACCAGUAUGUCAGCAUACAAAGCUAUUGCGACCGAGCCACUGGGCGACUACAUGUACUUAUUCACGACUUUGAUGGCCAGAUACAAGUAUACGACGCCGACUUAGCAGAGUUCCUAAGCGCAGAGAACAAGUCAGGCCGUCUUGCUCGGCGCUGUAUCUGGGCCGGCCAUUCAGCGCCAAUCCAAAAAAUGGUUCGGAAUUUCAGUGGUCGAGCUGUUGUUUCUAGAACCGAGAAAGGCGAAAGUAUUGUCUGGACGCACUCUGAAACCAGUCAGACCAGUUUAUCAUGCCAGAGUGUCAUCCAGGGAAACGCUCAUAUUCAUCGAAUAUGCGUGUUGCGCAAAGGCCGGUUUGUCAUAUUCCUAGAGCACGGGAAAAUAUCCUUAUGGGACUGUCGGCACCAGAAAGCAAUAUUACUCGCGAGUCAAUCGUACGAGAUCUCAGGGAAGCCCCUGUGCUUAUUGAUUCUGCCUCGGCAUCAAGUUGAGGAGUAUGCCGUUGCUCACAUUGCAACUGUCACAUCCGAAGAGGAAGGGCUGGUUUGGGAAGUCAAUUUACCUCGAUACUCCAGUCAAGGUGCUGAUGCACAUGCCAAUGGCCAAGAGAAGACUUCGAUCAGCGAGUUUUGCAGAUUCAAACUGAAAGACGCCGAGGGAAUCGCCUAUAUGCUCCCUGUCGACCCGGCGGGAUCUACGCCCGCCACAUCUGGCUUUCUCGAUGUAUUUGCCAGGGACAUUGCAGUGUCGUACACUCACGCAGGACGGGUAGACUUUUGGACAGCGAGGGUCGGCAAUACGGGGAAAAGUGUCGGAUGGCUCUCAACCUCCUCGGCAGAGACAGGUCUUGUCGAACCGGCCCUCGUCAGCGGCAGUACUCUCAAGAAAGCUGCAAUCGUGGAUUCCGCAAGGUCUCAGCUGUUCAUCUGGGACAUCGGUGGCGCUCGACUUGAGUUUACGCAGGACUAUGGAAGACACAAUACGAUACAAGACCUCGACUGGACGUCGACGCCAGAUUCACAAUCUAUCCUCGCCGUUGGCUUCCAAUCGAAAGUAGUUCUGCUCAGCCAGAUGCGGUUUGACUACUUGAACAAGGGUCCGGCCUGGGCUGCAGUCCGAGAGAUCAGUAUUCGUGAAUUCACUCCACAUCCAAUAGGAGAUUCGACCUGGCUAGGCGAUGGACAUCUUGUCAUAGGUUCAGGUAACCAGAUGUUCGUUCACGGGAGGGAGUAUGACUUAUCCGGCUCCUUGAUCAACAGCCUGCAACUACCGCACAGGAAGAACGGCGUCUGGGAUCUUUUUGACGCUGUUCAGAGGUUUAAUGGCCCUCUGCCGGUUUUCCACCCUCAGUUCCUGAGUCAAUGUAUCCUUGCAGGAAAGAGCACCAUAGUCCGAACGAUUCUGAUGUCACUGCACAAAACUCUCAAGUUCCUCAUUGCAGGUGAGACGGUCGAUGACUACCUGGGGCUCGAACCAGCGGUUUUCUACUCAUCCGGGGCCUCACCGACGCAAGCAUCAGAGUCCCAAGUAGGGUCUCACUUCAGCCUGCAAGUAUCUGCUGACGAGACAGACUCAGAGGAGCCUUUCAGCGAAGAAACCGCACUUGCCAUCAAUGGUCGUCUUACCAAAGUUGGCCUCCAACAGCUGUCGGGUCAUGAGCAAAUACAGCUGGCUGAUAUCGUUGAAUGUGUGGGGAUCGUCGAGAAGCAGCGCAGAUCCCUGGACGAGAAUGGUGCGCGUUUCAUGCUCUUUUUCCGCCAGCAUGGGCUCCGCAAGGGCCGGACAAGUGAAAUCCAGAUGUCCUGGCGAGAGAUCAAUUGGGCCUACCACUCGAACAGCCAGGAUAUCCUCACUGAUUUCGUCUCCAAACAAUGCCACGGUGCACUACGUUGGGAGGAUGCGCGGGAGAGCGGCAUGUUUAUGUGGCUCACCGAUCGGAAUGCCUUACUUGCGCAAUUCGAACUCGUUGCGCGUAAUGAAUACACCAAGAGUGAGAUGAAGAAUCCAGUUGACUGUAGUAUCUACUACCUGGCCCUCAAGAAAAAGACGGUCCUGCAGGGGCUCUGGCGAAUGGCUCACUGGAAUAGAGAGCAGGGGGCAACGCAGAAGUUGCUAUCCAACAAUUUUGAAGACCCGAAAUGGAGGACGACGGCGCUGAAGAAUGCUUACGCGCUGCUAAGCAAGCGACGCUUCGAGUACGCCGCAGCGUUUUUCUUACUUGCGGACCACCUACAAGAUGCAGUCAAUGUCUGUUUGAAUCAACUUAAGGACCUUCAGCUCGCAGUAGCUAUCGCGCGUGUCUACGAAGGAGAUCGAGGUCCAGUAUUGAAGAAGCUCCUGGAAGAAGAGGUACUAGCUGUGGCCGCCAAGGAGGGCAACCGCUGGCUCGCGUCCUGGGCCUUCUGGAUGCUCAAUCGUAAGGAUAUGGCGGUCCGGGCCCUGAUCUCACCGGUUUAUACCCUGGUCGAGACGCCUUGCUCUCCAAACAUGCAAUCGAAAUUGUUCCUCACGGACGACCCGGCGUUAGUGGUACUGUACUCACAGCUACGGCAGAAAACACUCCAGACCCUUCGCGGAGCCUCAAAGGUUACACCACGCGUCGAAUGGGAGUUCGUCCUCCAUAGUGCCAAGCUCUAUGACCGAAUGGGUUGCGAUCUCCUUGGCCUAGACCUAGUACGCAACUGGGAGUUUCUGAAGCCAGCCCCGCCUAUUACGAAUGGACUAGGCGGUGAAGUCAACCCGCUGAAGCUACUGCGCCGACGCAGCUCACUUGUAGUUGCAGAUCUGCCCGUGUCAAGGCUUCAUUCCGAGAUCAGACCAAGUGGGCAGGGAAAGCAAUCAACCCCAACGGUUUUCCAUGAACCGGACUCAAGCUCGCUGCUUGAUAGUUUCGGGUUCUAA